AGGGGGAAAUCGCUGAGUCGGGCGUGGCAGUCAGCCAACCUUUCUUGUUAUCUCUGGGUAAAUGAAAGCUGACAGCUAGACUACCUUUCUUGCAGCGUCCACAGACAAUUUCCGUCGAUUUGCUGGGUGUAAAAACGUUGAAUUGCGCCUCGAUCCUCGCUGAGGAAAUAUCUUACCGGACGAACGGCACGACACUCCGUUUAAGGACGACAGACAGACAACGCUCAUCAUCGCGAAAUAUAGACGCAGGCAGCAUGUCCACCCCCACUGUCACAGAUUUGAAAGAGCUGAACCCAGUUGACUUCAUCCAGCUACAGCAGUACAUUGACUACUGCAGGCUGAGGGUUAAAGAUGUGCUGAGGGAAUUUGAUGCAGAUGGCAGGCUGGCCCAGCACAGACAUGGAGAGUGUAUCAAUGAGGAAGGCUUCCGUCUCUUCCUGAAGACCUAUUUGGAGGUUGAGGACUUCCCUAAGGAUCUCUGCCAGCGCCUGUUCCGAUCCUUCCAGAGCGGAACCGAACUGGACGGGCAGGACAACGCCAAAGAGGUCUUUCUGAAGGACGUUUCGUGUUACUUCUCUCUGUUGGAGGAUGGCCAGCCCAGAGACAAGCUGGAGUUUGCUUUCAAACUGUAUGACAGAGAUGGCAAUGGAGUCCUUGACAGCUCUGAGGUGGACCGGAUCAUUGCUCAGAUGAUGCACGCUGCAGAUUACCUGGACUGGGAUGUGUCUGAGCUGAGACCAGUGCUGAAGGACAUGAUGACAGCCAUCGACGCAGACAGCAGUAACACGGUCUCCCUGGAUGAGUGGGUGGAAGGCGGAAUGAACAACGUCCCUCUGCUGGUAUUACUUGGGCUGAAGAUGACUCAGAAGGAUGGGCAGCACCUAUGGAGGAUGAAAAAUUACAACAAGCCUGUCUACUGCAACGUGUGUCAGAGCAUGCUGCUAGGACUGAGGAAACAGGGGCUUUGCUGCACCUGCUGUAAAUACACGGUCCAUGGACGCUGUGCCAACAGAAACCCAGCUCCCUGUACCAGGACCUAUGUCAAGUCUAAGAAAGACACGGGAGUUCCAACCCAUGACUGGGUCAGUGGGAACUGUGACUCUGGGAAGUGUGACAAGUGUCAGAAGAAGAUCAAGAGUUAUCACGGGCUGACGGGCAAGCACUGUGUCUGGUGCCACUCCAUGCGCCAUGAUGACUGUGCCUCCCAGGAGCCCUCCGACUGUAACUGUGGAACUCUCAGAGACCAUAUCCUCCCCCCUUGGGCCAUCUACCCUGUUAUGAAGGAGAAGCCUAACAGCAUGAAGAACGGCUCCUCGAGCUCAGCCGGCGACAGUGACCACAACACCACUCCAGACGGAAAGGUGCUUCAGAUUGAUCCGGUCCCAGACACUCAUCCUCUUUUAGUGUUUGUGAACCCUAAAAGUGGAGGCAAGCAGGGAGAAAGAGUUCUGCGUAAAUUCCAGUAUUUGCUGAAUCCACGGCAGGUGUAUAACCUAUCCAAUGGUGGACCUGGACCAGGGCUGUGCUUCUUCAGAAAUCUGAAGGAUUACAGGAUAUUGGUUUGCGGAGGGGACGGCACUGUGGGCUGGAUACUUGAUGCCAUAGAAAAAGCCAAACUUCAAGUGCGGCCACCUGUGGCUGUGUUACCCCUGGGCACAGGAAAUGACCUUGCACGUUGUCUUAGAUGGGGAGGAGGUUAUGAUGGGACGGAUCUGUGUCGGAUCCUGAAGGAGAUUGAGGGCAGCACCCCGGUGCUGAUGGACCGCUGGAAUGUAGAGGUGAUCCUAGAGGACCCCCAGGAGAUGGGUGACCCUGUGCCUUAUGAGAUCAUCAACAACUACUUCUCCAUUGGAGUGGAUGCCUCUAUUGCCCACCGGUUUCAUACGCUAAGAGAGAAACACCCCCAGAAAUUUAAUAGCAGAAUGAAGAACAAGUUGUGGUAUUUUGAGUUUGCCACCUCUGAGACCAUCUCUGCUUCAUGCAAGAAACUAAAUGAAUGUCUUACAAUUGAGUGCUGCGGCACCCCAUUGGACCUGAGUGGUCUUUCUAUGGAGGGGAUCGCAGUCCUCAACAUUCCCAGCAUGCACGGUGGAUCCAACCUGUGGGGAGAAGCCAAGAAGAGUGAAUCCAAGUCCUUGAUGAAUCCUCAGGAAAUGCCGGAGGUUAUUGUCGACCCUGAAAUCCUGAAAGUCAGCGGACAAGACCUCAGUGACCUGCGUUUGGAAGUGGUUGGUCUAGAAGGGGCCAUGGAGAUGGGGCAGAUAUAUACUGGACUUAAGAGUGCUAUAAGACUAGCAAAAACCUCACAGAUUACAAUCAGGACUAAGAAACCUUUACCAAUGCAGAUAGACGGAGAGCCCUGGAUGCAGCCACCCUGUACGAUUCACAUCACACACAAGAACCAGGCCAGUAUGCUGAUGGGUCCCCAGAGCCGGUCCAGCUUCUUCAGCUCAAAGUAGAAGCCUGCUCCCUGGCUACACGCAGUAACAUGACCUAUAUGCACUUGCUUAUUAUUUUACAUUUGUGAAAUGACUGAAGCAGCUUGGUUUGUGAAACCAGUUGGUAUAUGCAUAUUUUAGAGAAAUAGGUUGACCAACAUUUUAAGAAAGUUCAACACGUUAUUUUGUUUGUUCUGCCUCAAUACAAGACGAUAUUAUGAAAACAUUGCCAACUACAGCUGUAUGAUAGCCUUAUAUAUGACUCUGGACAACAAGUUAAGAGCUUUUAGUGGGUUUUAUGUGCCUUUUCCAUCAUUUUUUGCCAAAUUCACCUUAUGCGUUAUCAAGGGGACAAAGACUGCUGGGUUGCACAGUCUAAGAUAUUGGUAUCCGCCUCUUGAAAAGUUUGAGUUAAAUGUUUAUUCAACAAGAUUAUUUUAACUUCAUUGUUAUUACAUUUUUGUAGGAUAAUUUAAAUGUAUAUGGUACCAGUCAAAAGUUUGGACACAACUACUCAUUCAAGGGUUUUUCUUUAUUUUUACUAUUUACUACAUUGUAGAAUAAUAGUGAAAACAUCAAAAAUAUGAAAUAACACAUAUGGAAUCAUCAAUCAAUCAAUCAAAAAAAGUGUUAAAUCAAAAUAAAUUUUAGAUUCUUCAAAGUAGCCAACCUUUGCCUUGAUGACAGCUUUGAAUUCUCUCAACCAGCUUCAUGAGGUAGUCACCUAGAAGGCUUUUCCAACAGUCUUGAAGGAGUUCCCACAUAUGCUGAGCACUUGUUGGCUGCUUUUCCUUCACUCUGCGGUCCAACUCAUCCCAAACCAUCUCAAUUGGGUUGAGGUUGGGGGAUUGUGGAGGCCAGGUCAUCUGAUGCAGCACUCUUGUUCUUGUCAAAUAGCCCUUACACAACCUGAAGGUGUGUUGGGUCAUUGUCCUGUUGAAAAGCAAAUGAUAGUCCCACUAAGCGUAAACCCGAUGGGAUGGUGUAUCGCUGCAGAAUGCUGUGGUAGCCAUGGUUAAGUGUGCCUUGAAUUCUAAAUAAAUCACAAACAGUGUUUUUUACUUUAUUUAACCAGGUAGGUAUGUUGAGAACAAGUUCUCAUUUACAACUGUGACCUGGCCAAGAUAAAGCAGAGCAGUGUGACUGUCACGAAUAUUUGUAGAGACGGACCAAGGCGCAGCGGAUGUUGAGUUCCACAUAAUUUAUUAUAAAGUGAAACUUAGCAAAACAAUAACACAAACAACAAACCGUGACUACAGAGAUGCUACGUGCACUUACUCAAAACAAUAUACCAUAAAAUACAGGUGGGAAAAAUGCUACUUAAAUAUGAUCCCCAAUUAGAGACAACGAUUACCAGCUGCCUCUAAUUGGGAAUCAUACCAAUCACCAACAUAGAAAACGAAACUAGAACACCACAUAGAAAAUAUAAACUAGACUAACCCCCCAGUCACGCCCUGACCUACUAUACCAUAGAAAAAUAAGGGCUCUCUAUGGUCAGGACGUGACAGUGACACAGACAACAACAGAGUUACACAUGGAGUAAACAAUAAACAAGCCAGUAACACAAUAAGCAAGUCAAUGACACAGUAGGAAAAAAAGAGUCUAUAUUAUACAGUGUGUGCAAAAGAGGAAAAAGAGGAGGUAGGCAAUAAAUAGGCCAUAGGAGCGAAUAAUUACAAUUUAGCAGAUUAACACUGGAGUGAUAAAUGAGCAGAUGAUGAUGUGCAAGUAGAGAUACUUGUGUGCAAAAUAGCAGAAAAGUAAAUAAAAUAAAAACAGUAUGGGGAUGACGUAGGUAGAUUGGGUGGGCUAUUUACAGAUGGACUAUGUGUCACCAGCAAAGCACCAUCACACCUCCGCCAUGCGGAGAUCAUCCGUUGACCUAUCCACCGAUCUAAUGGUUCUUGGCCCAAGCAAGUCUCUUCUUCUUAUUGGUGUCCUUUAGCAGUGGUUUAUUUGCAGCAAUUUGACCAGGAAGAACUGAUUCACACAGUCUCCUCUGAACAGUUGAUGUUGAGAUGUGUCUUGAACUUGAACUCUGUGGCGCAAUCUGAGGUGCAGUUAAUUGCCCAUUUCUGAGGCUGGUAACUCAAAUGAACUUAUCCUCUGCAGCAGAGGUAACUCUGGGUCUUCCUUUCCUGUGGCGGUCCUCAUGAGAGCCAUUUUCAUUAUAGAAUUUUAUGUUUUUUGUGACUGCACUUGAAGAAACUUUCAAAUUUCUUGAAAUUUUCCGUAUUGACUGACCUUCAUGUCUUAAAGUAAUGAUGGACUGUCUUUUCUCUUUGCUUAUUUGAGCUGUUCUUGUCAUAAUAUGGACUUGGUCUUUUACCAAAUAGGGCUAUCUUCUGUAUACCACCCCUACCUUGUCACAACACAACUGAUUUGGCUCAAACAUGUUUAAGAAGGAAAACAAUUCCACAAAUUCACUUUUAGCAAGGCACACCUGUUAAUUGAAAUGCAUUCCAGGUGACUACCUCAUGAAGCUGGUUGAGAGAAUGCCAAGAGUGUGAAAAGCUGUCAUCAAGGCAAAGGGUGGCUACUUUGAAGAAUCUCAAAUAUACAAUAUUAUAUUUUGAUUUGUUUAACACAUUUUUGGUUACUACAUGAUUCCAUAUGUGUUAUUUCAUAGCGUUGAUGUCUUCACUAUUAUUCUAUAAUGUAGAAUAUAAAGAAAACCCUGAAAUGAGUAGGUUUGUCCAAACUUUUGACUGGUACUGUAUCAAAUUUAGUCAUUGAAAGUCUAAAAUUGUCCAGGAUUUGUUAAGUUAUGAAAUGUUUAAAAGCUCAGUGCAUAAUGCUUGUGGUAAUAUACCCACAUCAGUGCAGAUUUAUAUGAAAUUAUUAUGUACUCUUGUCAGCAAGAAACUCUUUGCUCCUAUGUCCUGUGGCCAAACGUAAUUUAAUUGUUUUAAUAGCAGUAGUUUAAUUCAGUAGUUUUAAUAUAUUGAGUGACCGUUUGGAAUCGAAAACAAAUUGUUUACUUCCUCCUCUCAAUGUAAGGUCUCAGUUUUCUCUUAUUCGGUAUCUCUAAUUGAAGGUUAGCCAUAUCAUUUCACUUAAAUACUGAGAAUGUUGAAAAUAUUGGAAAUGAUGCUAUAGUUAUUUCAAUAAACCGAUUUGACAUUG